GUUUUAUUUUGAUAUUAUUUUAGUAACUGAAGCUUAUAACAUGGGUGUGGCGGCGCUCACCUUUGUAGCGGUAAUAAUUUUGGGGUGCUCACUGCGCGCAUUCCUCAGGCACUACAAUGUUCAGUGCCGGGCGCCAAUGCGGAGGCGUCCGCGCUCCAAGGAAGAGUGUCGACUGGAGGAGGGGUCCCGGUCCCGGAUCUCUUCACAACCCGCCCUCAGCGGAGGUGGCCUGAAGAUCGAAGAGGUGGAAAUGACCACUAAAGGAAGAAGUGGGCAACCAAGCGACGUGGAGGAAACGGACAACUCCCCUUCUAGCGCAAACACGCGCUCCAGGUCCUCAUAA